AUAACUAUACAAGUGAUGGCAGAUAGCUCCAACUGCAAUGGACCACAUUUUUAGUGACAUAUAUAUCACAUGGAGCAGUAGAUAACAAAACACGAAAUUUCUUCUUUAACGACACGUCUGAAAGUUUAUUAACUUCAAUCCAUCAUGCUGAAUGCUGAUGGUGAUGAUGUCGAGCUAAUUCUUAAUCAUAUCCCAUUACCAAGUCACAACCAAUUUUGGCCACAAAUAUUCUUCAUUAAACUAAUCUACUUCACCUUCCUUACUUAUUUUAUUAUUAUUAACCCGUUAAUCAUCUUAAUUGAAUAUCCCUUGUCCCUAAUCCCACAGUCAAAGCCCUCUGCCAAAUAAAAAAUAGGCAGAAUAUUCAUAUAGACAUUUAAAUUUGGUCUCUACUAUCAGUUAAACAUUUUAACUUACAAAAUGAUCAUUCAGAGAUUUUCAAAAUUUAUGUGUCAUGUCAAUGUCAGUGCUCACAAGACAUAGUGAGGACAAGUUGAGGUGUCUAGACAUGCAUUCGCAGAAUUAGAGCGUUUAGUUAUUGGUCGAAAUUAAGUUAAGGUAUCUAUCUAUCUAUGUAUAAUAUGUAUAUAGCCAAAAUAAAAUAAUAAUAAAAAGUAUAUAAUUAAUGUGAUUUUACAGCUCAAAUACCGUUGCAAUUUCCACGACACCCCAGAUAGUGGUCGUUACUCGUUAACCCAUUUCCUCCUCCUCCUUCUUCUCUUCUUUGUUCCCAUUUAAAGCUCUUUAUUACUGUAAAAAUAAAAAAUUUCAACUAAUUUUCUUCUACUUUUUUUUUUUUUUUUUGGUUGCUCUCCAUAGCGUUUUUCCAUUGAAUUCACACACAAAAAAAAAAAAAAAAAAAAGAAAUAAAAAAAUGAAACACAGCUCAAGACAACAGCAUCAAACUCAGCUUUUUUGGCCGCGAGUGGUUAUGCGCAAAUGGCUCAAUAUUAGUGCUAAGGAUUCCGAUUAUAGUGCUGACCCUGACUCUGAUUCCAACUCCGGUUCUGAUUCCGAUCAAGAAUUCUGUGAAUGGCCGAGGCAGUCGCAGCUUAAGGAUGAAAAAGAAGGCCCAGUUGGCAUUGAUGAUGCUCUUCCCAGAAUAAGAAGACGAAAGUCAGAAACAUUUAGGCAACAGUAUAUUAACACAAAAGAUAUUAGAGUAUGUGUUGGCACAUGGAAUGUUGCAGGAAAAUUUCCUACAGAAGAUCUUGAACUUGAUAGCUGGUUGGAUGUUAAUGAGCCUGCUGACAUCUAUGUAAUUGGAUUUCAGGAAGUUAUACCAUUAAAUGCUGGCAAUAUAUUUGGUGCUGAAGAUACCCGCCCAAUUUCAGUUUGGGAGGACGUCAUUCGCGAAAGUCUGAAUAAAGUCCCACCGGUGAAUAAUUUUAGAUCCUUUAGUGAUCCUCCUUCUCCAUCAAGGUUUAAGCCAUCCGAAGACUUCCCUGAUAUAGAUGAAGAAAUCGCCUUUGAAUCUGACAGUGGCAGUGAGGAGGAAGUUUUCCCAAUAAAUGAAGAGUCCAGUGGCUUUGAUGAAAUCAAGGAUGAAUCUGUCAUGGAGGAUGAUACGAAUAUGAAAAAUGGUUUAGCUUUUUUGAACAAUACUUGGAGUUUGGAGCCAAUCAAUGAGGAGUUUCAAAGGCAAUUUUCUUCUUCAAAGAAGCUAGACAGGCUGAAUUGCUUUAGACCAGACGAGGAUAAAGAAGAAGCAGGCGAAUCAAAUGUGCAGUUUGCCAAAAAAUUGACAAAAUCGCUCAGUGGGACAGAAAGAAUUGGUCUUUGCUGGCCAGAGCGACCAUUGGAUCUUUUGGGCCAGCAUGUUUCAGAAAGACCUGGUUCCUUACAAUCUUUGAAAUCAUUCAAAGCUUCUAAAUCUUUUAAAGCUUACAAUUCUUUUAAGUUGCCUGUUAGUGGUCAGAAUAGAACACAAUCAGAUGUAACUCUGCUUGCAGAACUAGAUCUUAAAGCUUUGAUAAAUAGGAAAAGGAAACCACCUUACGUGAGGAUUGUAAGCAAGCAAAUGGUUGGAGUUUUUCUUAGCGUAUGGGUUCGUAGGGGCCUAAGAAAGCACAUACAGAAUUUGAAUGUAUCUACAGUUGGUGUUGGUGUGAUGGGCUUCAUCGGUAACAAGGGAUCAGUAUCUGUGAGCAUGUCAAUAUAUCAGACUUUCUUUUGUUUUGUCUGCACUCACCUAACAUCGGGUGAGAAGGAGACAGAUGCAGUCAAAAGAAACACUGACGUCUAUGAAAUUCAUCGAAGAACACAUUUCAAUGCAUUUUCUUCAAUCGGACUUCCUAAGAGCAUCCAUGAUCAUGAGCGAAUAAUCUGGCUGGGAGAUCUUAAUUAUCGUAUUAAUUUACCAUAUGAUAGAACACGGGAGCUGAUAUUAAAAAAGGACUGGUGUAAGUUAAUUGAGUGUGAUCAGCUCAGCAAAGAGUUCAAGAAAGGUCGUGCAUUUGAUGGGUGGUCCGAAGGUACAUUAAACUUUCCGCCGACUUAUAAAUAUGAAGUAAACUCAGAGAAGUAUUGUGGAGAGGAUCCAAAGGGCGGGAGACGUAAUCCAGCAUGGUGUGAUCGAAUCCUAUCACUCGGGAAUGGGAUAAGGCUUCUGAGUUAUGGGAGAUCUGAACUUAAGUUUUCAGAUCAUCGACCUGUCUCUGCCACAUAUAUGGUAGAGGUUGAGGAAUUUAGCCCCAGGAAGUUGCAGCGGGCCCUCACUUUUACUGAUGCGGAAAUUGCAAAGGAGGAAAUUGUGACAAAUAUGGGAAUAGAGAGUGGAAUGAGCCGAUUCAUAUCAAACCAGGACAAAUCUUAUUGGAUGCGCUAAAAGAUGUUUCCGACAGUUGAAGAGGCUGCAGGAUAAACAUUCCACGACUCGCAAAUUUUCAUGAGUAACGGUCUGCAUAUAUUAUUGUGAUUUUUUUAUUCUUCACCCUUGAGGCUGUAUAUUGUGUUUAGGUGAUGCAUCUUUACUGUAUAUUGUUGUUGUUGAGACUUCUAAGUGAGCGAGCUCAUUUUUGUAGUCUUCCUUCUUAGUCUAGGCUUUUUCCAGCAUGAAUUUCUGAAGCAGCGUAUAGCAAAUUAGAAAUGUAUGCAAUAA